UUUUUUUUUGACGUUUAUCAAAACUUUUUUUGAAUUAAAAAAUUUCAAAAGCAAAUUCUUUUCUACAAUUAAGUUAUUGAUAUCGUAAAUAGGUUCAAUGAACCCUGGGGCAAAAUUUCAUCAGGUAAUUAGAAGCACAUUAUGUCGUCUUUUUCUUAUAAAUAGUCCGAUUACUUGAGAUAGAUUUCAAGUGUGAGAAACGUAGUGGGCGUCACCGCAGCGUCGUCUUAGGUUUUUUUAGCAUUGCGUGACUAGUCGUCGUAGUGUUAAGUUGUAUACAACGAUCGAUUUUGUUUUUUAAUUCACGAAAAGAAAACUUAAUAACUCACCUUUCUUUUCUUUUCUAUUGUAAGAAAAAAUUUCACUUUUCCAAUUUCCGAACAAAUUGUGUGCUUUCAUCUUAUUCUUCAGUGUUGUCAAACGAGAAUAACAAAAAUCAAGAAAUCAAAAUGUCACAACAACAAUACUAUCCAUUCAAGUGCACCCCAACGGUUUAUCCCGCCGAGCCAUUCAAUGCAAAUGCUGAUGCAGAAACAUUGAGAAAGGCAAUGAAAGCUUUUCACACUGACGAAAAGGCCAUCAUCGAUGUUUUGACCCAUCGUGGUAUCGUUCAACGUCUUGAGAUUGCCGAGGCAUUCAAAACUCUCAACGGCAAAGAUUUGAUAUCCGAAUUGAAAAGUGCUCUCAGCGGCAAAUUGGAGAGUGUGAUUGUCGCCCUUAUGACGCCAUUGCCACAUUAUUAUGCACAAGAAUUGCACGAUGCUGUCGCUGGACUUGGUACCGAUGAGGAAGCAAUUGUUGAAAUUCUCUGCACCCUCAGUAAUUAUGGAAUUCGCACCAUUGCUACAUUCUACGAAAAUCUUUACGGAAGAACUUUGGAACAUGACUUGAAAGGCGAUACUUCUGGACAUUUUAAACGUCUCUUGGUUUCAUUGUGUCAAGCAAAUCGUGAUGAAAAUCAAACCGUUGAUCACAAUCAAGCCGUUGAAGAUGCACAAGCUCUCUUUGAUGCCGGAGAAAAACAAUGGGGUACCGAUGAAUCGAAAUUCAAUCAAAUUUUGGUGACACGUAGCUAUCAACAACUACGUCAAACAUUUUUGGAAUAUGACAAACUCGCUGGACAUGAUAUCACGGUAGCAAUCAGUAAAGAAUUCUCCGGCUCUAUUGAGAAAGGUCUUCUUGGAAUUGUGAAAUGCGUCAAGAGUAAAAUUGCUUUCUUCGCUGAAAGACUUUAUGCAAGUAUGCACGGUCUUGGAACCAAGGAUCGUACUUUAAUUCGAAUUAUUGUUUCUCGAAGUGAAAUUGAUCUUGGUGAUAUUAAAAAGGCGUUUAACACCGUUUAUGGAAAAGAUUUGGAGUCCUACAUUACCGGUGAUACAUCGGGUGAUUACAGGAGAGCUCUUCUCAGUCUCGUAAAAGAUUCACCAUAAGAUGUCGAAAAAAGAAGAAAACAAAUUUUUACAAUUUUUCUACGUGUCGCUCGCUUUGUUGGUGCACUGCCUAAAAAAAAUCAAAUGAAUCUCUUAUCGUCUUAUGACAUUUAUACACAAAUUUUUUUGAAAAGCUUCAAUGCUUUUAAUUAAUCAACUUGAAUAAUUUUGAAAAGUUGAACGAGUAAGCGACCAGAAUCAACGAAAAAUUUAAUUUAAUACAUAUCUGUAAAUUUUUGUUCUUUUUUUUUGUGUGUGAGAGGGUAAAAGACAAGGCAUUUAUUUUUUUUUCAUUUUUUUAAGGUAACAGUUUAAUAAUGAAAUCAAAAUUUGGCUAUUUAUCCUCUAUUUUUUUUUUAGUCAAUCAAGUAGAAACAGAUUUUUGUCUUAGUUAUUUUCAAAUUAUUAUUUUUUAUUUAAUUAGAAAAGAUGUUUCUUUAUUCGAGCAAAUUGUAAAAAAAAAAUGUUAAAAGAAUUAUUUUGUUCUUUAUAGAAGUUUAAUUAUUGACAAAUUAUUAAUUUUUUUUCUUAUUGACAAAUCAUUGUUAUUUGAUGAGGCAUUGUCAUAUAUUAUAUUUAUAUAUAUAAAAUUGUUACUAUUGGAAAAUCUGGUGCUUGAAAAACAAAAAAAAAGAAAUUGUCUUUUGCUAUAAGAUAAAAAAAAGAGGCUUCAAUUUUUUUUUCUAAUGUUGCCUUAUACACAUAUAUUUGUAUAUAAAUAUAAUACAUUAUAUAUUAUAUAUAUAUAUAUAUUCAUAUUUUUUUAUGCAAUUUUGCUAUUGUCACUGUUUCAAGAUUAUACGUCUCUAUUUUCUACAGAAAAAAAAAAAAUUAUAUUAUUUAUUGACAAUUGGUUGUUUCUCAUUUGAAACUCCAUACAAAGCAAUGUUCACGCGUCAGUGUUGAAAAUUUUAAAUGCAAAAAUAAAGAAAUUAACAUUAA